CCCCACCCCCUCCGCCCCUCCCUCCGCGGCGCGCGCCGAUGCCGUUCCCCGCCCGCUCCGCCCCGGCCGCGCUCCCCCCCCCGCCUCAGCCGUUGCCGCCGCCGCCGCCCCGGUCCCCUCAUGGCGCUGAAGCGGAUACAGAAAGAGCUAAGUGACCUGCAGCGAGACCCGCCGGCCCACUGUUCUGCCGGACCUGUUGGAGAUGACUUGUUUCAUUGGCAGGCAACUAUUAUGGGACCUCCUGAUAGUGCAUAUCAAGGGGGAGUAUUUUUUCUCACAGUACACUUUCCAACAGACUAUCCUUUCAAACCACCAAAGAUUGCUUUUACAACAAAAAUAUAUCAUCCAAACAUAAACAGUAAUGGGAGUAUUUGUCUUGAUAUCCUGAGAUCUCAGUGGUCACCAGCUCUGACUGUAUCUAAAGUUUUAUUGUCCAUAUGCUCCUUACUUUGUGAUCCUAAUCCAGAUGAUCCUUUAGUACCGGAUAUUGCACAGAUCUACAAGUCAGACAAGGAAAAAUACAACAGACACGCAAGAGAAUGGACUCAGAAAUAUGCAAUGUAAACUUGUGAAGACUUUUUCAUAUACCACAGAGUACUGUAAAUUCUAGUUUUUUUUCAAACUUAGAAGGAAAUGGAGCACAGUUUACUGUUUUAAUGUACCAUGAUGCCCCUUGAAUUUUUUAUUUUUUCACCCAUGUAAGUGUGUUUCUGGAGCAAGGGAAAACAAACUUCCAAAAGUAACCUUAGGACUGUGAUAAGAAUAUUUAUCCUCUUUGUAUGCUUUGCAGAAGACAUUUAUUAUGGUUUUUAAGAGUUGGACAUCUGCAUCUUCAAACUGUAAGAUCCAUAAUGCAGUUGUAAAGCAACCAAAUUAUUUUUGCUGGAAAAAAGUAGCUGUUUUUACGUGAUAAAUACUGUAUGUGUGUCCUUAAGAUAUGUUGUCCGUUCCAUAAGUGUGUUCAAAUUUCAUUUUGUUAGUUCACUUAUAUAAUAUGUAUUUUUAUUGUAUAGACUAAAUAUAUUUUAUUUGCCAUGUAAGUCAUUUCAUUUUAGACUUACUUUCUUGUGCACAGUAUUGACAAGAUACAACUGCUAGUAAUGAAAAUAAUUGGGAUAUCCUGCCCGUUAGGAUGUCCUAAUGACUGACUGCAGAUUUCUUAAAACCUAAAAUGAUCUUUGCACUGUAAUUCUUUGUACGCUGAUUAUGGAGAAACACUUGUUUUUGAUUCUGUUGCAUACUUGACUUAAUUUUAUUGCAAUGUGAACUAAUUGCACUGCUAUGUAGAAAGAUAUGUAACCUUUGUGUUGCUAUUCACAACUGAUUUUUGACAUGUGGGCAACAUAACACUCAGACCUUUUACAAAUCUAAAUGUAGCCUUUUCCAUAUAAAUAAAAUGCAUUUUCUACUAUU